UUUGUUUUCUUUUGUUAUUUUCGAUUCUCGUAAAAUGUCAACAAUCUAUGUUGAUUUUUAUCAAAAUCUAACUACAAAAUUGUGCUAAUUGAAAUACGAGAAAGGAAGCAGCUAAAUAGCGAAACUGUCUGGACAACUGUUGGGGAUCAGAAUCUACCGACAGGAUGAAUAUGUUCUUCAGUCGCUUGCCAUGGCUUAAUUGCUUCAAUGGACGUCGCGACAGCUGCGAUGAGCUGCUGCCAUUGAAUGAGUACAUCAACAGGGAGCCGGUGAUCCUCAAUGUCUACGAUCUGUUCAACGUCAACGGAUUCGUGGUGCCCCUCGGACUGGGAAUCUUUCAUACGGGCAUUCAGGUGUACGGCAAAGAGUACACUUAUGGCGGCCACAUGUACUCCACCUCGGGCAUCUUUGAGAUGAUGCCACGCACUGCGGAGUUUGAGUUGGGACAGCAUUUCCACUAUCGCGAGAGCAUUCAGCUGGGCUACACGCAGUUCAGUCGCGACGAGGUGAUGCGCAUUGUGGACCAACUGGGAGAUCAAUUCACAGGGAAUAGCUAUCACUUGACCAGCAACAAUUGCAAUCACUUCUCGGACGCCAUGUCACGCAUACUGUGCGGCCAGCAGAUACCCAAGUGGAUUAAUCGACUCGCCUACUUCAUCGGCUGUGUGCCCUUUCUGCAGCGCUGUCUUCCCCCUGAGUGGCUGACUCCAAUGUAAGGAGAAAAGAUCUAGACAACAGAAAACAAGUACA